AAGUCAAGAUGCCUGUUGGAACUAAACUUAUUGUUUUGCUCCAUAUAGUCCUGGCGCUGUGGUCUCGGGCAGCGCAUGCCAAUCCUGCCGAGGAACGUGCAGCAAGAACGAAAAACGAUGUUUAUGACUGGAUCUCAGGCAUAUUCGGGGACUAUGAGAGCGACGAAAGCGAUUCGAAGGAGUAUUUAAUCUGUCGCAAUUGUACGGUUAUUGUGGGCCAGGCCAAUGCCACAGGCGGUCCCGCAACGGUUGCACCCACGCCAGCACCACCCGCAGCUGUUGCACCUAUACCAGCUGCGGCUGGUGCUGCCCCUGCGGGAGGCGUUGCUCCAGCACCAUCUGCAGCUCAAACUCCACCUCAAGCUCCGGCCACAGCCCCAGCUGCAGCACCAGCACCAGCACCAGCUCCAGCCCCGGUUCCAGCUGCAGCCCCGGCCCCAGCUUCUGCCCCAGCUCCAGCUCCUGACACAGCUGCAGCUCCAGCUCCUGACACAGCUGCAGCCCCAGCUCCAGCCCCAACUGACGGUUAAUUAAAAUAUUUCUACCUGUUUAUUAACCACGCCCUUUUCCACUGACGACUCAAAGGUGUUUCCAACUGGUAUAUGCACUUACGAUUAAGAUUUCUUUAAAGGGAUUUGGUAUACGAACUAAGCUGAAACACAUUUGCUUAGUGCUGUUUUAAGCAUCUUGGUAAACGGUUAAAACUCUUUCUUUUUACCAAAAAAAACUAAGCUAUAGAAAUUUCUUUACAUUUUAGAAAACAAACUUUCUUGUUACAAAAGUUUUUCUCAUAUUUAAAAAACUAAAAAAAUAAAAAAUUAUAAUAUAAAUUCGUA